AGGGGCGCCUGCAUUGCUUCUGCUGUCUACCCACCCCAGGAAGGUGCCUCUCCGGUCUCGCUUGAUCUCCGGUUCAGAGAAGAUGUCCGAGGAGCCCUGAAGGGCAGGUGGCUCCCAGCUUCCUCGAGAAUCACCUGGAUCGAGUACUGUUCCGAGCCAGGUGGACUGGCAAACUCCAGAGACGUCUCCAGGCUGCAGACGCUGCCUCCACUUCUGAAAGGUUUUGGGAAUCCCUUGUCUCCAGGUUGCUGGGAUUGACUUCUCACUCAAUUGAAUCACUCACUCAGUGGAGACAAAGAAUUAAUGCUCUGUGCUGACUCAUAUUUGAAUCAAAGCGCUUGGGGAGUCUGUCUGCCUUGUUUGUGGAAAGAACCAGUGACAUAGGCUCUGUCACCGAGCUUCCUAAGACUUGUGAAAUUAAGAAGUUACAGGAAUAUAUACUUUGCUUUUGAACUUUUAUAACAAAUAUUUGUUCUCGUUUUAAGUCCACGGCUGCUGGGGGUGUGAGUGACAAACAAGUCUUACAAGUGGCCUUAUUCCAAUUCCAGAAACUCCUCCACUGGAUUCUUAUUUUGUAUACAGUCCUAAAGUGCCAGGAAACAUGCCGACCCAGUCCCUGCUAGUGUAUAUGGAUGGACCGGAAGUUAUUGGCAACUCGCUUGGUACCCAGAUGGAGAUGGACGAUGCUGUGUCCAUAAAAGGGACCACCACUGCUCCUUUCCGAGCGACGCAGGAGAAAAACAUAAUCCAAAUCGAAGGAUACAUGCCUUUGGACUGCAUGUUCUGCAAUCAGACCUUCACGCAUUCGGAAGACCUUAACAAACAUGUCCUGAUGCAGCAUCGGCCCACCCUCUGCGAGCCGGCCGUCUUGCGCGUGGAAGCAGAGUACCUGAGCCCUCUGGACAAGAGUCAGGUGAGAACGGAGCCUCCAAAGGACAAGAGUGGCAAAGACAAUGAAGAAUUUAGCUGUGAGGUGUGUGGGCAGACGUUCCGAGUGGCUUUCGAUGUCGAGACCCACAUGAAGAAGCAUAAGGACUCUUUCACGUACGGCUGCCACGUGUGCGGACGGAGGUUCAAGGAGCCCUGGUUCCUUAAAAACCACAUGCGGACACACACCGGCAAAGCGGGGGCCAAGGGCAAGCUGCAGCCUGGCUCCGAGAGCCCCGCCACCAUCAACGAGGUGGUGCAGGAACACGCGGCCGAGAGCAUCUCGUCUCCUUACAAAAUCUGCAUGGUUUGUGGCUUCCUCUUUCCAAAUAAGGAAAGUCUGAUCGAUCACAGGAAGAUGCACAGCAAAGACAGCGCUUCCGGUGGUGGAGGCGCACAGACAGCCUCUCCGCAGGGGGGGAUGCCCGCUCCGGGGGAAGAGUUCCUGCAGUUCUUGAACUUGAGGCCCACGUCGCACCCUGAAACCGGGAAGAAGCCCACCAAAUGGAUACCUCAGCUCGAUCCCUUCACCACCUACCAGGCCUGGCAGCUGGCCACCAAAGGCAAAGUCGCCGUCUGCCGCGAAGUGAAGGAGCAGCCCGGCCAGGAGGGCAGCACCGACAACGAUGACUCGUGUUCCGAAAAAGAGGAGCUUGGAGAGAUCUGGAGCGCCGGUAAAAGCCAUUCCGAAGGUUCUGGAAAGUCCAGGCCAAGCAAGAGCGGCUGUGCGGGCCUCUCGCAAGAGAAGGAGAAGCCCAGACCUUCCAGCGGCGGCGAAGUGCCCUCUGCGGACGCCGACCCGAAGCUGCCCGGGAGCAAAGAGAAGCCGACGCACUGCUCUGAGUGCGGCAAAGCCUUCCGGACCUACCACCAGCUGGUCUUGCACUCGAGGGUCCACAAGAAGGAUCGGAGGGCCGACGCCGAGUCGCCGACCAUGUCCGUGGACGGAAGGCAGCCUAGGACGUGUUCCCCGGACCUAGCCACCGCCCUGGAGGAGAACGGAGCCGUCGAUCGAGAAGGCGGUUCUGAGGACGGGUCUGAGGAUGGACUUCCGGAAGGGCUCCAUCUGGAUAAAAAUGAUGAUGGAGGAAAAAUCAAGCAUCUUACGUCCUCAAGAGAAUGUAGUUACUGUGGGAAGUUUUUCCGUUCAAAUUAUUACCUCAAUAUUCAUCUCAGAACGCACACAGGUGAGAAACCGUACAAAUGUGAAUUCUGUGACUAUGCUGCAGCCCAGAAGACCUCUCUGCGGUACCACCUGGAGAGGCAUCACAAGGACAAGCAGAUCGAUGUUGCCGCCGAGGUCAAGAACGACGGGAAAACCCAGGAGACCGAAGAUGCACUACUCACCGCCGACAGUGCGCAAACCAAAAAUUUGAAAAGAUUUUUUGAUGGUGCCAAAGAUGUUAAAGGCAGCCCGCCUGCAAAGCAACUGAAGGGGAUGGCCUCUGCCUUUCCGAAUGUUCUGGGCAGCACUGUCCUCUCACCAGUUCACAAAGAUACUCAGGAUUUCAACAGAAAUACAACCGGUGACAGUACCGAUAGAGUCUGCAAAACUCCUGCCCCCGCCUGUUCGGACGCCUUACCCAAGAGAGCGGCGGGUGACCCUCAGGGGCAGGACCCCGCGUGCAGAACGGAGGCGGGGGUCCCCGCCCGCGCGGCCGAGGUCGGCCCCCGGGAGAAGCGCGCGGGCGCCCCGACGGCGGCCGAGGGCAAGCACAGGGCGGGCGCCGACUGCCAGGAGAAGCCUCUGAACCUGUCCCUCGGGGCGCUGCACGGCUGCCCGGCCAUUUCUCUGAGCAAAAGUUUAAUCCCAGGGAGCACCUGCCCGUUUUGUACCUUCAAGACCUUCUAUCCCGAGGUUCUGAUGAUGCACCAGCGACUGGAGCACAAGUACAACCCCGACAUCCACAAGAACUGCAGGAACAAGUCCCUUCUGCGAAGCCGGCGCACCGGCUGCCCGCCCGCGCUGCUGGGCAAGGACGUGGCCCCGCUGGCGCACUUCCCCAAGCCCAAGGCCAGGCCCGCGCCCGCGCCGCCCGCCAAGGCCGCGCCGGCCGACCGCGACCGCGGGAAGCCGGGCCCCGCCGCGCCCGCCAGGCCCCCGCCGCCCGCGGGGCUCGACCCCAGCACUUUAGCGCCCAGCAACCUGAAGGCGCCGCGGCCGCCGCACCAGCAGCACCAGCCGCAGCCGCAGCCGCAGCCCGGCGGGGCGCAGGGGGCCGCCCGGCCACCGCUCGCCGAGCCCGCCCACCACCCGGAGAGGGCCCGGAGGCCCGAGGCCAAGCCCAGGGCGCCCGCCGGCCCCGCCGCGCCCGGCCCCGCCGCCGCCAAUGGCUGCGCCGAGCGGCCCUGGGCGCCGCGGGGCCGCGACCCCCCGGGCGGCCGCCCCGCCGAGCCCGGGGAGCCGCUGCCCAAGCGGCCGCGGCCCGACGCCGAGCCGCCCGCGCCCGCCUUCCGCCGGGCCUUCGAGCUGCCCAAGUACCACGUGGUGCGCGGCCUGCAGUCGCUGCUGCCCGCCGAGUGCGCGUGCCCGCCGCCCGCCGCGCUGCCGCCCAAGCCCCGCGCCGCGCCCGCGCUCUUCGCCUGCGGGCCCGCCGCCGAAGGAAAAAGGCCUGUGUCUUAUCAACACUUACCUAGCAGCAUGCUACAAAAGAGAAACUAUGAGAAUUUUAUUGGGAAUGCACAUUAUCGACCAAAUGAUAAAAAAACUUGAUUUCCUGUUUUGGGUAAGAAAGGUCCUGACGGAUGUGUGUGCCGUCCAUGGAACUGAGUUAGUCCAGCCUUUGAGAAAGCAGGUGGCGGAAGCUCGUGGAAUAAGCUGUGACCGCACCAUGCAUGCGACGCACCAGGAACACUACGGUUUUGUAACGUUGUUCUGUUGACUUUUGUACCAAAUAGCAAUAAAAACUAUUAGAUGGAACAGUUGGGUUGUACACAAAUGGAGACCGGAAAUCUCUAUUUUGUCCCUGAAUAUUUUUUUUAGGAUUGACCAAAUAGGAAGAGGAGUCUUUUGCCUACGUGAGCGCUGCUGAAUGGAAGCCGCCCGGGUGGGGGGCGGGGGGGAGAGUCUAUAACGCUUGCACCUCAGGUAACUCUGUACAUAUGUAAGUUCGAAACCUGCUUGUUCACAUACUGUGCUCCCUCUUGCCCUCAUGGAGCCCGUCCCCUUGCCCAGUUCCUGCUAUUUGUGCUCUUUCAUUGAAAAUGUAUGUUUAAAAAAAAAAAAAAUU